CCCUUUUCUCUUUAUUAUUCUCUUUCUCUUUCUCUUUCUCUUUAUAAUAAAUGAUAAAGUAUCUAUAAUUAACUCUAUUUUUGACCCAACUUGGUAUCAUGAACCUAAAAAGAAGAAAUCGGAAUUGUACGAUAGUGAUUUUACCUCCUUAAACCUUUGUGUAUGUGUAUUUGACAUCACUUUGAGAAUAUAAACAAUACAGAACUUACCAUCCUUUCUUUCUCUUUUCUUAUUUUCGUUUCUUUUUCAUCAUGCCUAUCACUAUCAUUUCUUCUACUCAGCCAGACGGAGGAGAACUGGCAGCAAAGCUAGUGUCACUCUUUUCAUCUACAGUUCUGUCAGUCUUGUAUGGAGUAAAGACAUAUAAUGUCCAAUUUAAGUAUUUAUCUUACUCGAGAUGGCUUAUAUUGCUUCUUUAUAUCCUUUCAUGGGCCUUUACAGUAAUGAGUAUGUUGCUCGUUACUACAAACAAUGGCAACUUUACAUCCUGCUUAUUAUCCGUCUUGGUCUGUGAUAUCCUUUACUGCGCGACCAAGAUCGUAAUUUAUGCAUGGUUGAUAGAGAAAAUCUAUGUCGUUUCAGCUACACGACAGAGCCGAUGGAGUAACAAAUCCUACAGAUUCAACUUGGGGUUAUUAUUACCUUAUAUUGCGAUCUUCGUGUUGAUGAUCAUAUAUCAUAGAGCCUAUAUCGAACCCAAUGGAUACUGUAUCAUCGGUAUUGCUCCUGCUGGAACCGUUCCAUUGAUUAUUUAUGAUUUUGUAAGCGUGGUUUACUGUUUCACCAAAAUCAGGUUUUAAUUUAAUUAUAUAGGCGAUCAACCUUUACAUGACCGUCUUCUUCGUUCGACCAUUACUAAAACUUGGUGGUCUAG